UGCGUGCGUGCACGAUAUGGUGAUUUUUCCUUGGAACAUCGGGCGAAGAACGGCGAACUCGAAAAAUAUACGCUUUUACAGCUGAUUGAUUUUAAAAAAAGCAACGCUGCGGACGACGAGCUAUACGAAAGAGCGUGCGAAAGAACAAACAAAGUAUGAAGGCAAAUAGCCCGCGAACACACACGCACACACAAACGGCCAGUUGCUCGCUUCGCAUUUAGCUUUUAGCUUUUCGAGUGCGUCAAAGUUAAAGUGGCUGAAAAACUUGGUAAAAAGUACCAAUCGCCAAACUGUCUACAAGACAACAGUUAUUCGCGGUGAUAUUCGGCGAAAAGUAGGUGGCACAAACGUCAGUCCCCCGUCCCGCUGUUUGUGUUGUGUUUGCUGUUGCUUUCCAAUUCGCCCCGCCAAUUCGCCGCACCGCUCAUUCUUUCUGCAGCCACCAAUUGUCAUGGUGUUAAAGUGAAGAGGAAGCAGCAGCCCGUGAGCACAUUGUGCGCUAGUUGUUGCCGUUUUACGCCCAGAAAUCGCGGAGAUAUUGCUCUGAAAGCCCAACCAAUUGGCAGGUGACGUUCUCACCUGUAAUUUGCGAUCAAAAACACAAAGCUAACCCAAGGGGAACCCAGUGAAAAACGUGGCCGAAAAAUCCAUACGAAGGCGGAAUGGAAAAAAUGUGAUCGCAGUUUUUAAUUAUUGAAUCAUUGAUGUGAAGAAUCCUUAGGUGCUAAUUUAGUUGAUAAGCGCAACCAGCAAGAGAGGAAAAUAGAGAGCGAUAAACAGAAACAGGCAGUACAAUAAGUCAACCGACUCGAGAGCUGGAAAUUCCGACUGGGUGGCAACUUUUCGAAGGCAGUGCUUAAAAGUAUGCUACAAUAUAGUGCCAGCGAUUGCCGACUGAGGCGAACCUAACAGAAUCCGGCAUAUUUAUAGAAUAUAUACAGAAGAUAUAUACACGGAGCAAAGAGAGAGAGAGAGGAGGAGAGAGUGAGAGUGAGAGGGGGAGAGAGUAAGAGUCAGGCGGAGAAUCGCCGAGGAAUCACGAUAGAACCGGCAGCGAAAUGUCCAAGUUCUUUGUGAAUGUUGCCCCUAUCAACAACAGCAGCAGCAGCAGUAGCCACACGACCACCAGCAGCAACACCCAGCGACAUCAGCAGCACCAACAACACUAUGGCGGGGGCGGGACAACCGGCCACACGAUGGUGGCCCGCAGACUCCACUACGAUCUGCACGGCCGCGUCAACAACAACAACAACAACAUUGUGAUCAAGAACGAGUCCCUCGACUUGGACUACGAUCACGGCCUGAGCAGCAGCGACAGCAACAGCAACGGCGGCGUGGCAGCCCACCUGCGGGAUCAUGUCUACAUCAGUCUGGACAAGGGGCACAACACGGGGGCAGUGGCAACAGCAGCGGCGGCAACGACGGGCCACGCGCAGCAGCAACUGCAGCAGCACCACCACCAAAAUCAGCAGCAACGCAAGGCGACCGGCAAAUCAAACGAUAUCACAAAUUAUUACAAGGUCAAACGUCGGCCCCACGCCGUCAGCGACGAGAUCCACCCGAAGAAACAGGCCAAGCAGAGCGCCCACCACCAGACGGUGUAUCAGAAGCACACGGCCAGCAGCACGCCCCAGCAGCUGCGGCACAGCCACCAUCAGCUGCGCCACGACGCGGAUGCCGAGCUGGACGAGGAUGUGGUGGAGCGGGUGGCCAAGCCGGCAUCGCAUCACCCCUUUUCGCUGUCGACGCCCCAGCAACAGUUGGCCGCGUCGGUGGCCAGCAGUUCCUCGAGCGGAGAUCGCAAUCGGGCGGACACCUCGCUGGGAAUACUGACCAAAAAGUUUGUGGACCUGCUGCAGGAGUCACCGGAUGGCGUGGUGGAUCUGAACGAGGCCUCCAAUCGAUUGCACGUUCAGAAGCGGCGCAUCUACGACAUUACCAAUGUCCUCGAGGGCAUUAACAUCCUGGAGAAGAAGUCGAAGAACAACAUCCAGUGGCGCUGCGGGCAGUCGAUGGUCAGCCAGGAGCGAUCGCUGCGCAUCGAAGCGGAUUCUUUGCGGCUGGAGCAACAGGAGAACGAGCUGAACAAGGCCAUCGACCUGAUGCGCGAGAAUCUGGCUGAGAUCUCCCAGGAGGUGGAGAACUCCGGCGGCAUGGCCUACGUCACACAGAACGACCUGCUCAACGUGGAUCUCUUCAAAGAUCAGAUCGUCAUCGUGAUCAAGGCGCCGCCAGAGGCUAAGCUUGUGCUGCCCAACACAAAAUUGCCGCGCGAGAUUUACGUGAAGGCGGAGAACAGCGGGGAGAUCAAUGUCUUCCUUUGCCACUCUGACACCUCGCCGGAAAAUUCGCCGAUCGCGCAGGGAGCCGGCUACGUUGGGGCACCGGGAGCAGGAUGUGUCCGUACGGCCACCUCCACACGACUGCAUCCGUUGACCAACCAGCGACUGAACGAUCCGCUCUUCAACAAUAUCGAUGCCAUGAGCACCAAGGGAUUAUUUCAAACGCCCUACCGCUCGGCUCGCAACCUCAGCAAGUCGAUUGAGGAAGCCGCCAAGCAGUCCCAGCCUGAAUAUAAUAACAUUUGUGAUAUUGCGAUGGGCCAGCAUCAUAAUCUGAACCAGCAGCAGCAGCAACAACAGUUGCUGCAGCAGCCGGAGGAGGACGAUGUGGACGCGGAGCUGAACCAGCUGGUUCCGACACUGACAAAUCCGGUGGUCCGGACCCAUCAGUUCCAGCAGCAGCAGCAGCAGCCCUCCAUCCAGGAGCUGUUCAGCAGCUUAACAGAAUCCUCGCCUCCAACGCCCACCAAGCGGCGUCGGGAGGCAGCAGCCGCAGCAAUUGCCGCAGGCAGCGCAACAACAGCAACCACUACGCUUAAUAGUCAUAACAACAGAAACCACAGCAAUCAUAGCAACCACAGCAACCAUAGCAGCAGCAACAGCAAAUCCCAACCACCCACAAUAGGCUACGGCAGCAGUCAACGACGCAGCGAUGUGCCCAUGUAUAAUUGUGCAAUGGAAGGCGCAACCACAACAUCUGCAGCAGCAGAUGCGGUAGCUGCCACAUCGCGAUCGGCCGCAGCAAGCUCGCUGCAGAUGCAGUUUGCUGCCGUCGCGGAGAGCAACAACAGCAGCAGCAGCGGCGGUGGCGGCGGCUAUGGCAGCAUCGCUGGCGCUGGCGCCAACGCUGAUCCCCAUCAGCCGUUCAGCCAUGACCGCAACAGCCUGCCGCCCGGCGUGGCCGACUGCGAUGCCAACAGCAAUAGCAGCAGUGUCACGCUGCAGGGCCUCGAUGCUCUCUUCAACGACAUUGGCUCGGACUACUUCAGCAACGAUAUCGCCUUUGUGUCCAUCAAUCCGCCGGACGACAACGACUAUCCGUAUGCGCUGAACGCGAACGAGGGCAUCGAUCGGCUGUUCGACUUCGGUUCGGAUGCCUAUGGACCCUAAGAGGAGACGUCCACGAACACAAUCACAACCACACACACACACAUAUGUCUACAAAAUUGGGAUUCUGGGGGUGUUUAUAAUUUUAAAUUAUAUACAAAUGGCAAAAGAAAAAAAAGAAACAAAGCCAGAAAAUUAUUAAAUUAUUUGAUUGCAAAUACUAGAAACCACAAAAAAUCCAAAAACAAAACACAAAAAAAAGCGAAUCAGCAAAACUUAAUGAAACUAAGUUGUGUGUACAAUUUUAAGCUUAAAAAUAUAUACAUUUAAAUUUAUAACCCAAACUAAUUUAAGCGAAACAAAACAAGAACACAAAAUCUACUUUACAAAAACUCAGCCUCACGAGAGAAAUAGGGAGAAGUCGUUGAAAGAAGAGCCACAUUUUAUAAGCAAAUUUUAAUUUUAGCCUUUAAAGAAAGCAAAAAGAAUCAGGAAUACUAUUUAAACGAUUGGAUAACACACAAAAAAUGCGAAUACUUCCCUCUUAUCAAACAACUUUUUGGGCUAGAACUGUCUGUAAAUUAGUAAAAAUAAUACCAACACAAACACACACACUUAUAUAAUUUUAAAUUAGAAAACAAAAUAGUUGUAAAGCCAAUCAACAUUAAACAAUAAAAAGAAAAUCAAUUUCAAAUUGUAAAAUAUAUCGAAGACAUUUCAUAUUAAUAUGGAGCAGUAGAAGAGGAAGAGAACUCCUGGGCCCCCACGAGAUGGCUUUGGUUCGCCCCAAAUUCGCCCUUCCUGUUUUAGUGACGCAUGCAACAGAAUCCUCUUCUGCCAUUUGUUUCAUUUGCUUGGAUUUAUCGAUUGAUUUUUAAUUAUAAUAUUAUUAAAGCUAUAACUAUGUAUCAUAAUUUGUUAUUGUUAUAAAAUUUAAACUGUAAACACACACAUGGGCCCAAUAGCAGUUUAUUCAUAGAAGCCAAAUCAUCCCACAAAACAAACAACCAACCACUUAACAGAGUCAACUACAA